AUGCCAGACUUGAACGGCGAACUGUCGCUCCGCAGGUCCUACCUUCCGACUGCCGAGAGAUACGGUCAAGACAGGCGUGAAAUCGGCCCGAGGAGCGGAGAAGACAGGCUAACUAAUAUACACAGCUCAAAGUGGCCGGGAUGGCAUUACUCAGCAUCCUUUCAUCCCGGGAUGACACAUGGAGAGAAUAAAGGAACUGGCGGGAGUCCUGAGGAAGAUGAUGAAUGGAGGGUCCAGCGAGGAGAGGAGAAUGCACCGUUGAAGAGCGACCUGCCAAAGAGCAUGCCAAACAGCGACAUCUCUCUCACCCAAUACGCACUAAUUAUCUCGGAGGAAGAAGACAGUUCUGAAGAGCACGUGUUAGCGCCCAGGAGCCACAGAGAGGUGAACGAAGCAUUCGAGGCACUGAAGAGACGAGCGAGCCCCAACCCGGGACAACGACUGCCCAAGGUGGAGAUCCUGAGGAACGCCAUCGAGUACAUCGAGUCCCUCGAGGAGAUACUCCAAGGGCCCACCUCCAUGUCCUACCCGAACGAUAGUAACCCGAAUUACCUCAUCACAGACAAACUCCAAGAGUACACCCAGAACCUAAGGCUCAGUUCACCUAUUGAUAUCCCCGUCGAAGCUCGGAUAACCCCCUCCCUACCCUUGGAGAUCCUCCCCUCCCCCCCCGUACUCUCCGUCCACCCACGCAGUAGCGAUCCUAUCGAUGACCAAAGUAUCAUUAUCCUGCCGAGACUAAUGAACCGAUCCUAA